GCGUUUACGGAAGAAUAUCGAGCGUAGAAAUAGAGAGUAUUUCUUUGUUCGUAAAAUAAGUAUCGAAGGAUAUCUUAUUCUAUCUACGUUCAUCCCUAAAUAAAAAUCUAUAGAUCGGCUUUUUAUCAGUGUCGAAUAGGUUUCUGUUCGCAUUCAGAUCGGUCACGUUAAAGAUAAAGAAAGAAAGACAAAAAAAUCAUAGAAAUUAUAUUGUCAUGAAAUUUACUCACGAAGAAGCAUUAAAGUUUACAAAGGGAAGCGUUGCUCUAUUAGUUGCAUGGCCACCACCGACGAACACUUCGAGGAAAAAAUUAUUCUUUCUGGAUGUUUACUUUGGUGCUUCCUUCCUAUGCGCUCAGGCGAUGUUACUAUUGUUACUAAAUGGAAUGUACGUUCAUCGCAAUAAUUUCGAGAUAAUGAUACAGUCAAUGUGCUUUGCAAUCACUAUUAUACAAAUGAGUAUUAAAAUGAUGACAUGUAGAAUGCAACGUUCGAAUUUACAGUUGAUAAUAAUGGAAAUGGAAAAUAUUGUUAAACAAGCCGCGCCAUACGAAAAAGUUAUAUUAGAAAAAUAUGUGAAAAGAUGUGCAAUACUACACAUAUCCCUUACAUUUGGAUUUUAUUUAGCCGGUACGAAUAUCGUUUUGGGACCAAUAUUUUUAUCACAAUCGUUACCAACUUUUGCGGUUUAUCCUUUCGAUACGGAAUCACAUCCCAUUUACGAAAUUAUUUAUUUUCAACAAUCAUUAACUGCUUUACAAGCUUGUACAGCUGCAGCGAUUGAUUGCCAGGCCGCACUUUUACUAUGGUUCGCUGGUGCAAGAUUUGAAAUGUUGGAAAUUGAAUUAGCCAAUAUCGUCGACGAAUAUGAUCUUAAACGAUGUAUACAGAAACAUCGUCAUAUACUCAGUUAUGCAGAAAAGAUAGUAAAAACUGUGCGUUUCGUAAUUUUUGCCACUGUUGGUAUUACGACCAUAUUAAUUGUGUUUAGUGGGGUCUUACUAUUAUUUACGGAUUCCAUGACGAUCAAAUUUCAAUUCUUUAUAUUGGAUAUUGUCGCUAUUAUUCAAUUAUUUCUGAACUCUCAUCCAGCUGAAAACUUAAUACAAAUGAGUACUGCUAUUGGAUCGGCAGCUUAUGAUUUGAAUUGGAUUGAUAAAUCACUAGAAAUAUGGAAAAAUGUAUGCUUUCUAAUUCAAAGAUCUCAAAAACCAAUUACAGUCAGUAUUGCUGGAUUUAUACCUGCAUUGUCUCUAACUUAUUAUAUGUCGGUCGCACUUUUACUAUGGUUCGCUGGUGCAAGAUUUGAAAUGUUGGAAAUUGAAUUAGCCAAUACCGUCGACGAGUACGAUCUUAAACGAUGUAUAGUGAAACAUGGUCAAAUACUCAGUUAUGCAGGAAAGAUAGUGAAAACUGUACGCUUUGUGAUUCUUUCCACUGUUUGUAUUACGACCAUAUUAAUAGUGUUUAGUGGACUCUUACUCUUAUUCUCAGAUUCAGUAGCGGUCAAAUUUCAAUUCCUCGUAUUGGAUAUUGUCGCUAUUGUUCAAUUAUUUUUGAACUCAUAUCCGGCUGAAAAUUUAAUAGAAAUGAGUACUGCGAUUGGAUCGGCAGCUUAUGAUUUGAGUUGGAUUGAUAAAUCACGAAAAAUAUGGAGAAAUGUAUGCUUUCUAAUUCAAAGAUCUCAAAAACCAAUUACAAUCAGUAUUCCUGGAUUUAUACCUGCAUUGUCGCUAACUUAUUAUAUGUCGUUUCUGUCAUCGUCAUUUUCAUACUUCACAACAUUGAGAGCUGCUGUUAAAUAAAACGAUUAAUUAAUUUUUUGUAUUUGUACAAAGAAGAAUAAAUGAAUUUGUAGAAAGAAAAAGAAUUAAGUUAAGGAAAAGUAGGAUGGAAAUGUCGAAUAUAGAUGCAAAACAAUGAAUGAUUAAUAAAAAGUAUAGAAAAAUCAUUAAAAAUUAUCCUAUUUUCUCAUGUUAAAAUAAGAAAAAUGUUAAAAUAAGAAAAGAUUAAA